ACACGAGUGGCCGUCGACGGCUGCUUGGAAUUGGAUGUGCAGCGAGAGCACUGACUGCUGCUGCGAUAGCGGCAAGCGGCAUCAGGCCAAUAACACAGCAACGAGCUCCUCCGUUGUCAUUGCUGAGCGGCCAUCGUCGGCGACAUCGGUCGACAAUUUUCGAUUCGCCUGUCGGCACUCCUCAAUGAUUCAGUUUGGGUGUCGACCAUGGAACCUAAGCCUGGUGUGCGUGAUAGUUCUCGGCUCAUCCAACAUGCUGCUGACGUUUCUACUGCUGCAGUCUGAAACAUGCAUCGGCCCCGUCAAAAUCUUCUCCUCGCUGAAGCAGUCGUCGUCGUCGUCGGCCUCCGCGUCGCAAUCCUUACAGGCUGUAGCAGUGGCAGCGAGCAGUAAUAAUCCAUGCCCAACGUCGAACAACGACGGUCUAGCGGCGGGUACCGCUGGAAUCGUCGCCGACACUAUGGACGACGACUCGGCCUCCAGUGUGCUUCAGUUCGACGUCCGCCUCGGCCUCUGGGACUCGCGACGUCUCUAUCGCUCCUGGGACGCGGUCCUCGUCGGCACGCAGUACGUCGAGCUCUCGGCCUCGCAUCGAGUCUGCCUGGCUACUCAGAGCUCCUUGGAGAAACUUCACUCUCUGGUGCAGGUGGCCCAUCAAUGGCAGGGCCCGUUAUCGCUCGGCCUGUUCGUCGCCGGUGACGAGGAGUUCGAGGCGGCCCAGCGUUAUUUGGACUUUUUACAACGCUGCUACGCCGCGGUUCGCGAGCGCGUCACGGUGUCGGUCCUGGUUCCGGGCUCUCGAGCUCCCCGACAACAGCCCCGUUACUAUCCUCUACCGGACUUCCUGGACUGCGAACGACCCGAGGCUGCCCUGCGUCAAUUCGCCAGGCCCAUCUCCGCGGAGCAGGCCAGCUGGCGAGUGCGCAACGCCUAUCCCCAGAACCACAUGAGAAAUCUGGCCCGCAAGAACUGCCAGGCCGAGUGGGUCUUUCUCACGGACGUCGACGUGGUGCCGAGCUCGAACCUGAGCCAGCUGCUCGAGGACUUUCUGCGCGACGAGCGCAAUCGCUGCGACAAGUGCGCCUAUGUGAUACCGACCUUCGAGCUGGAUGCGAGGGUGCGUUUCCCGCAGAACAAGAGCGAGCUCGUGCGACUUGCUAAGAAGAGCCUGGCCAGGCCGUUUCAUCACAAGGUCUUCAUACACAAUCAGUUCGCCACGAAUUUCACUCGAUGGAUGAUGGACUCUCAACCGGGCCAGGCGCCACCUCCACCGGCGGAACGCGGCGACACGCGGGCCCGAGUCAGCCACGACGUGACCAACUUCGAAUUCCUGUACGAGCCGUUCUACGUGGCUCGCGACGUCGCACCGGCCCACGACGAGCGCUUCAUGGGCUACGGCUACACGAGAAAUACUCAGGUGUACGAGAUGUACGUGGCCGGCUACAAGUUCAAGGUGCUGACGCCGACUUUCACCGUGCACUGGGGCCUUCAGACCCGCAAGAGUCGGCCGGCCUGGCGCGAGCGCCAGAACAGCGUCAAUCGCAAGCACUUUGAGAUCUUCAAGAAGGAGGUGUUCGCACGCUACAGUCGGGACCCGCUCAAAAUGGUCAAGAACGGGCCCCGUCGUCGUCGUUGA